ACACACACACAGUAUACACACACCCUAUGCACACAGCCUCACGGUCCACUGCUCACACCAGUGUAGAAUGGACUUCCAGUACAGUAGCCUGCUUGAUCAUGUGAACCAGCUAUGUAGAUGGCUAGUUAAUCCUGAUAAUGAACAACUAGCCUAUAGCAAGUCUAUAGAAACACUAGUGGACUUUGAGUUAUACAGGGAUAAUAAUAACAACAAUGUGGAGGAGACAGGAGAAAGACCGGACCAAUACACUGGCUGGGAUUCUCUUCUGUCUGACGGUAGGACUGUCUCUCCAGGACAAUGAGGAGAAAGUCAACAAGACAAAAAUAACCGCCGUAGCUGUGUUGGACCCAAGGACGUUCAAUGGCAGGAGAGUUCAGACCAACUGUACGGCUGAGACUGGGCCCCCCAGCUUGGUCUACCUGUCCCCUGGGGCCCCUGGGCUGGAUGUGAGGCUGGAGGACCCUGCAUUAGCCUACACCACAGGGCUCCUCAGCACCCGGCUCAUCCCCUCAGCCUACCUCCUGGCCAUGGCAGUGGGCAUCCCCUCCAACGCUUAUAUCCUGGCCUUCCUGAGGCUCCGGGCCAGGUCUUUCUCCACGGCUGUCCUCUACCUUAGCUUGGCCCUCUCUGACCUACUCCUCCUGCUCUCCCUGGCCCUCCGAGUCCACUACCACCUAAACGGAAACAACUGGGUGUUCGGCGAAGCUGCCUGCCGUGUCGUCACCGCCUGUUUCUAUGGCAAUGUCUACUGCUCUGCCCACACCAUCGCUUGUGUCAGCCUCAAGCGCUACCUGGCUGUGGUGAGGCCCUUCCUGUACAGGCGGCUGCCCAAGACGGCCUGGGCGCUGGGGGCAAGCCUGGGGGUGUGGGGCCUGUUUGGGGUGGCUGUGAUACCUGAGCUCCUGGUGAGACAGAGCUUCCUGCUGCCUCGUCUGGGAUUCACCACCUGCCAUGACAUACUGCCCCUGGAGGACUCCCCCCACGCACUGCUGGUGCCCUACAGGUUGGCACUGGUCUGUUUAGGGUUACUCGUGCCCUUUGUGGUCUGUGCCUGGACCCAUGUGGCGGUGGUGCAGCAUUUGGGUCGCUCGGGCCUUGACUGGACACCCUUCAUCAGGGUCAGUACACUGGUCUUCCUCAUCUUCACUGUGUGUUUCGCUCCCAGCGGCGUCCUCCAUAUCGCCCAUUACGUGAGACUGUCCACCAGUGGAGAGGACGGGCUGUAUGUGUACUCCAGCGCUACAGUGUGUCUGUGCUGCUUCCACAGCUGUCUGGACCCCUUCCUGUGUAUUCUCAUGUCCAGGACAACCGCCUCCAAACUGCGCUUCGCCUCUCUCAGGAGGACACAGCAGACACCUGUUCUGGUGUAGAGACUGUGUGUAUAAUGUGCCCACUGUAUUGAAAAAUAUAUAUAUAUUUCAGCUUUAUUUAACCAGGUAAGCUAGUUGAGAACAAGUUCUCAUUUACAACUGCGACCUGGUCAAGAUAACGCAAAGCAGUGCGACACAAAACAGAGUUACA